AAGGCAGGCGCACGCGUUGCUCCGGGAGCCCGCGGCCGGUCGCGGAGGCGCGGGCAGCGUGGGAACCGGUGGCAGGAUGUGUGACCGGAAUGGCGGGCGGCGGCUGCGACAGUGGCUGAUCGAACAGAUUGACAGCAGCAUGUACCCGGGGCUGAUCUGGGAGAAUGACGAGAAGACCAUGUUCCGCAUCCCCUGGAAGCAUGCCGGCAAGCAAGAUUACAAUCAGGAAGUGGAUGCUUCCAUCUUCAAGGCCUGGGCAGUUUUUAAAGGGAAGUUUAAAGAAGGAGACAAAGCUGAACCAGCCACGUGGAAGACGAGGUUACGCUGUGCUUUGAACAAGAGCCCGGAUUUUGAAGAGGUGACCGACCGGUCCCAGCUGGACAUUUCCGAGCCAUAUAAAGUUUACCGAAUCGUCCCCGAGGAAGAGCAAAAAUGCAAGCUGGGCGUGGCACCUGCAGGCUGCAUGAGCGACGUCACGGAGAUGGAGUGUGGCCGUUCAGAGAUCGAGGAGCUGAUCAAGGAGCCUUCUGUGGAUGAAUACAUGGGAAUAGCCAAAAGGAGCCCAUCCCCUCCAGAGGCCUGCAGGAGCCAGAUCCUCCCUGACUGGUGGGCCCAGCAGCCCAACGCAGGCCUGCCACUGGUGACUGGGUAUACUGCCUAUGACGCACACCAUUCAGCCUUAUCCCAGAUGGUGAUCAACUUUUACUACGGGGGCAAGCUGGUGGGCCAGGCCACCACCACCUCCCUUGAGGGCUGCCGCCUAUCCCUGAGCCAGCCGGGGCUGCCGAAGCUGUAUGGGCCGGACGGCCUGGAGCCCGUGUGCUUCCCGGCGGCGGACACCAUCCCCAGUGAGCGGCAGAGGCAGGUGACCCGGAAGCUGUUUGGACACCUGGAGCGCGGCGUGCUCCUGCACAGCAACCGCAAGGGUGUGUUCGUGAAGCGGCUGUGCCAGGGCCGCGUGUUCUGCAGCGGCAACGCGGUGGUGUGCAAGGGUAGACCCAACAAGCUGGAGCGGGAUGAGGUGGUGCAGGUCUUUGACACCAACAUGUUCCUCCGAGACCUGCAGCAGUUCUACGCCACCCAGAGCCGCCUGCCUGAUAGCAGGGUGGUUCUGUGCUUCGGGGAGGAGUUUCCGGACACAGCGCCCUUGCGCUCCAAACUCAUUCUGGUGCAGGUGGAGCAGCUGUAUGCCAGGCAGAUGGUGGAGGAAGCGGGCAAGAGCUGUGGGGCAGGCUCCCUGAUGCCAGCCCUGGAGGAACCCCAGCCAGACCAGGCCUUCCGGAUGUUUCCAGAUAUCUGUACCUCACACCAGAGACCCUUUUUCAGAGAAAAUCAACAGAUCACCGUCUAAGCCUCAAUCCGGGCACCCCACCUCACCCGAGCUCAAGUUUCAAGAUUCUGUGACUAAGAGAAUUCUGAAUGGACGUGGACCCCUCUGACUGGGCUGGGCGGGUGUCCUCAGAGGGGCCUCAGGAAGCCCACAGAUGGACAAGCUUUUGCUCAGGCAGGAGUCAGAAGCUUGCAGGGGCUGUGGUCAGAACCUGUGAUCAAAGCAUUCCUUUCCUGCAUUUACCCCCUUCACCAUUAGUGGCUGGCCUUCUUUCUGCAUGCUGAGGUCUUUGUCACAUGGUGAUGGCUCUAAUCAUCUGGUGACAGCAGAUCUGCCUUUGUCCUUUUCUGGUUGAGGGUAAAAAUGUAUGACUUUCUCUGCUUGAUUGUAGACAAAGAGAUUUUACUGUUCAGGCCUUUUCUUUUAGUUUUUGGUCCGAAGUCUGAGAAAAUAAGUUGACAAUAUUUUUUCCCCCAAAUGGGUUUCAAUUUUAAAAUGGUUUCACACUCUCUACCGUAAAUCACUUUAGGCCUUUCCUGUGAAGUGGGGUCGAUUGUAAAUAUGGGUGUGGACACUGUGAGCUUCGCAGGAAUUUUGGUUGCGGCUCAUCGAUUCCCAUGACUCUGUGUCAGCUGACAGGGCUGUGUGGGGCAUCGUAGGACCAGGCACUGUGGAGAGGAGUGUGCCGUUCACUGGCAUCUCACCCUUUCCUUGUCCUGCUCCACACCCAGUCCUAAGACCCAGUGAAAAGCAAUAUCCAAACUGCUCUGGGCUCAGAAGUGCCUGUCCAUGUACCAGGGAAAGGGUAUGCAUCCUACAAAGCAGACGCAGAGCGGAAAACCCACCCUCAGCCCGGUUUGCACCCCCAAUCUGACUGUCCAAUCUAAAUCGGUGACUGCAGUCCUGCCUAAGGGACACUUUCUGUAGGAGUCCCUGUCAAGGGUUUAGUUUGCAUCAGUACACAGCAGGUACAGAGGCCAAGCAGAUGUGGGGACAGGGAACAUCAUUAUCUCCUUUUGUGUGAGGACAGGAGAGACCUUUUCUAUUUGUUCUACUCUGUAACCAACCUGGGUUACAGGCUCAGUGCAGUUAGAAGAGCCUCUAAUGUGCUCAGCAUUCCCUGGGGAAGGGCAGGGAACGCCUUAACCUGUUGACUGUUAUUCUGAGAAGUGGGGAGAAGCAGGAGGGUGUGGAAGACAGUCCGGUGCAGCUACGAGUGAUAGGCCACACCUUACAACCUGAAAAGUUAAGGACGAUGGUGACUUUCAUGGUGAAUGGUGCUGGGUGUGGGUCCUGUUCCACAGUCAGGGUCACCAGAAUCUUCAUGAAAACAGAAUCCUGGGGUCUGCUUCUCCCCCCUCAGCCAAAGCAGGAACAUCUCUUCCAAAGCCAGGACGACCUGUUCACUGGCCCCUUGUCACACGCCACGCCCCCCACCUGCCUCACGGAGUACAAGUGUGCCCAACUCUGUAAUCCAAAUAUUUAUUUUUGUAUUCACUUAAAAAGUAUUGUUCUCAUCCUUUAUUAAAACAAGUUGCUCUUUCAUAAAA